CCGAAUAAGUUAGUUGUUCUUUAACCAUAAACCGCCAUUGUGACGUAACAGCCUAACAUAAAGCCAAUUUAACUCGAACACAACUCAAAUUCCGGCCCAACUCUUUGCCGGAACUUCUACUUUUGUCUCACGAAACCGAACUCAACCACGCCCAGCAACUGCCCCCACUUUUCUCGCUUCUUUGUCCUUAAAAGAUUAACAAUCUUUUACGAAAACUAACCCAAUACAACACAACUCACCCAAAUGUCCUCAAAUCACCAUCUUAUUCUUGAAUCUGACAAGGAACAUGACUCAAGUAGCCGACAUGGCUCGCCCCGGCUUGACUCAAGCCGGUUUGCUAGUAGCAAUGACCAUCUUUUUGGGUUGAAAUUGAAGAAAGUGAAGAGGAAAGGAGGUGGUAGAGUUUGGUAUCAAAGAAAGAGAGUGAAAAGUUUGGUGGGUGUGAUUGGUUUGGUUGGGUUCUUUUUCUUUGUUAAUUGGUUUAUGCUUUCGAGUUUACAAGAUCAUGGGCAACGACAAAAAUUGUCUAUUGUCAAUUCAUCUUCAGUAUCAGCUUCAGUUUCUGUUAAGAAAGAAUUGAAGAAGUUAGGUAAAGGGAAGAGGUCACAGUUUGGUGUUUAUGGAAGGAUGUUGGCUUUGGCUGCUCAUGCCUUGGCUGAGGGGCAGAAUAAACGUGAGCCGAAAGAUUUGUGGCACGAGCCGGUGGUUCCUGCUUCUUCUUGGAGACCUUGUGCUGAUCAGUGUAGUUGGGAACCUAAUGGGGGAAAUAAUGGAUACCUUGUGGUCACUGCAAAUGGUGGGAUGAAUCAGCAGCGAGUAGCUGUUUGCAAUGCUGUUGUCCUAGCACGAUUGCUUAAUGCAACUCUUGUUGUUCCGAGAUUUAUGUACAGUAGUGUCUGGAGAGAUGUGAGUCAAUUCAGCGAUAUCUAUCAGGAGGAGUAUUUUAUUAACUACUUGACUCCUGAUAUUCGGAUAGUGAAGGAACUUCCAAAUGAGCUACAGUCAUUAGAUUUGGAGGCAAUUCAUAGUGUUGUGACAGAUGUAGACAUCCCAAAAGAGUCCAAGCCAAGUUUUUAUUUGAAAAACAUUCUCCCUAUUCUACUUCGGAAUAGAGUUGUCCAUUUACUUGGGUUUGGGAAUCGUUUGGCAUUUGAUCCAUUAACUUUCCAGUUGCAGAGACUUCGAUGUAGAUGCAAUUUUCACGCACUACAGUUUACUCCAAAAAUACAACAAACAGGUGCUUUGCUCCUUCAACGGUUGCGUAAGCAUGCUGCUCAACCUGGGCCAUUGGAUAACUAUCUUGUUGGUCUGCAUAAAGAUUCAGUUGUGAAGGAAAAAGGGGUUCGGUCUGCAAAAGCUUCAAAAUACUUAGCUCUACACCUGAGAUUUGAAAUUGACAUGGUAGCUCAUUCUCUCUGUGAAUUUGGUGGAGGUGAACAAGAGAGACAAGAGUUGGAAGCAUUUCGUGAAAUUCAUUUUCCUGCAUUGACACUUCUCCAGAAGACAACAAAGCUGCCUUCUCCUGCAGAGCUCAGAUCUGAAGGGCUAUGUCCAUUGGCGCCCGAAGAAGCAGUACUUAUGCUUGCUGCUCUUGGUUUCAACCGUAAGACGCAUAUAUUUGUUGCUGGGGCACAGAUAUAUGGGGGGACACAAAGAUUGGCUGCUUUGAACACCUUGUAUCCUUAUUUAGUUACUAAAGAGAACUUGCUUUCAGCAGCUGAACUUGAACCAUUCAAGAACUUUUCGUCUCAGCUAGCAGCACUGGAUUUCAUUGGCUGCACAGCUGCCGAUGCAUUUGCCAUGACAGAUUCAGGGAGUCAAUUGUCGUCAUUGGUCUCUGGUUAUCGAAUAUACUAUGGUGGAGGGAAGAUGCCGACUAUUCGACCAAACAAGCGAAGACUUGCGGCUAUCUUCAUGAAGAAUUCCACCAUAGAAUGGAAAGUCUUUGAACAGAGAAUUAGGAAGGCAGUUAGACAAACUAAACAUGUCCAAUCAAGGCCUAAGGGAAGGAGUGUUUAUCGAUAUCCUCGUUGUAAAGAAUGUAUGUGCACUACAGAUUAAUUUAUGCUUUGCUUUAGCAUGUCAAUGCCAAUUGUAACAUGUAACAUUUAUUGUUCAUUAAUUUUUACCUUAGUAUACUAUUCAUGUGCUCUCAUUGAUUGAAUGAGAGUUAAUUUUUUCAUAAAUAUAUAGAAGAUGCAAAGCCUUUUAGCCUCUCUGAGGACGACUUCUAUCACCUGUGGACA